GCCCAGUUGUUCAGUCGUUUGAUAGCCGGCGACGUGCUCGUACACCGAAAACUAGAACUCUUCUCUGAUAAGGCCGGAGAACCUCUCAAAGUUAUUUUGACCCCAUAAAGUGAAGAUGACUGCCAACGGGAACGGAACAGCUCCAGGCCUGGACACCCAGCCCGGUAUCGAAGUCGUGGCCCAGCAGAAGCUACAGCCGGAUUCCAAGAUUUACGAUCGGGUUCAAAAGCUGACCGCCUUUUUCGCCAAGGAAUAUGGUGUGGAGCCCGAGUUUAUUGUUCGCGUCCCGGGACGAGUGAAUAUUAUUGGCGAGCAUGUCGACUACUGUGGCUAUUCUGUGCUUCCCAUGGCCGUAAGCCAGAGCAUCUUCCUGGCAGUGGCCAAGAAUCCCGAUAGCAGUCAACUUCAGCUGCGAAAUAUUGAGGAAGCCAAGUUCCAGGGCUAUGAUGCGGAUCUGAAAACCUUUAGAAUCGAGUUACCCAAAAGCGGCGGCCCAGCAUGGUAUAACUACUUCCUGUGCGGCAUUAAGGGUGUCCAGGAGCAGCUAGCCAGCAAGUGGAGACCCCUUGGAAUGCGCAUCGCUGUAGACGGCAACGUGCCAUUGGCCGCUGGCUUGUCUAGUUCCAGUGCCAUGGUCAGCUCUGCAGUUCUGGCCACCGCCCAUGUCCAGGGCAUGCAGCUGGAUCGCCGGGAGCUGGCCUCUAUCUCGGCCAAGUGUGAGCAAUAUAUUGGCACUCACAGCGGAGGCAUGGACCAGGCUAUUGCCUACUUGGGCCGAGUGGGCUGUGCCCACCACAUCGAAUUCCAUCCCAAGCUGAAGGGCACUCCGGUCACUUUGCCGGCGGGAAAGUGCUUCGUGGUAGCCAACAGCUUGGCCCAGAAGAACAAGGCUGCUUCCUCGGACUACAAUGAGCGGGUUGUGGAGUGCCGAUUGGCCACACGAUGGCUGGCCAAAGUCAAGGGUCUGAUCAACUGGCAGGACAUUGUGCGCUUUAUAGAUCUGGAGGAGGCCUGCCAAAUGGACAAUGAAACAUUCGAGAAACUGAUCAGGGACAACCUGACCAAAAGCGUUUACACGCGGGCAGACAUCUGCAAGGAGUUGGGCAUAACCGAGCAGGAGCUGGAGACCAAAUUCCUGUCAGCCAACACACGCCAUAUGGAGCAGUUUAAGCUGCAACAACGUGCCCUCCAUGUUAUCCAAGAAUCAGGACGCGUCGCCAAAUUCCGGCAGAUUUGCGAAGAGCUCUCCUCCACUCCGAAUCAGAAGGAUGCUAGCAAGCUGGGCCUGCUCAUGAGGCAGUCCCAUGAAAGCUUACGUGAGCUGUACGAGUGCUCGCAUCCUGAUGUGGAGCGUCUAAUUGAAAUUUCCAACAAGCUGGAUGUUAGUGCUCGUGUAACUGGCGCCGGGUGGGGCGGCUGCAUAGUGGCCAUGUGCGAUUCCGUUGAAAUCGCGGAUGAGUACAUCAAGGCACUGAAGCGGGAAUACUAUGCCAAUCUACCGGCCCAUUUGCUGGAGCGCCAUCAGCCCAGCGACUUCAACGAGGUCGUCUUUGCCACUUUGCCGGGAAAUGGAGCUGAAUUAUACAUAAAGUAAACUAUAUUAUAUUUGAAACACCUUUGUGUAUGAAUCCAAAGCAUCUACAGAACUUAGUCAUUGAAAAUUCUGUGGUAAAAACAUUUAAUAUGUAUAUGUAUGUACAAUAUAUUAACAAUUUAAAAGCUAAAA